CAUUUUUUUUCCAACACACAAAGCUGUUGCUGUAGGGGGGUCACAUCUCCUUUAGAAACUUCAAAUAUGGAUUCAGAUUAUUUGAAAAAAGUUGAAGAAAAUUUUAGGAGAUGAAAAAUGUUUUAAGAUUUUAUGGCAUAAAAAAAGAUCACAUUCUGACUAUUGAACUUAUGGAAUAUGAUACUGAGGAUAAUGUUGUAGAUCCUUGUGAAGCAGAGAAAUGGUCAAAUUAUUUAGAUACUUAUGUCACUGAAGAAAAUGUAUCUGAAGAAAUUUUAGCACUUGAACAGGGUUUACCAGUGUUUUACCCAAGGAAUUUAAGGAAGCAACAAGAAUAUUGGAAAAGGAAAGUAGUAUAUGUAGAAAAUUUAUGGAAAAACAGGUAUUCUAGCAAGUUUCUUAAAAACAAUCCACCACUGUUUUCUCGUAAAAGGAAAGCCGAAUUUGCUUCUAUUAAACAGAGUCAUUCUGCUGGCAAAGUGAAGAAUGAAAAUGUUGAUAUUUCAAGCACAGAAGCUAAGGAAAAUUCUAUUGAAUAUUGUGAAAACAGUAAUCAGAAUGUUCCUGAAAAUCAGGAAAUUUUACAAGAAAAUGUUGAACUCGAUGACUCGCAUGAUUCAGCCAUGAAAAAAAUAGAAGAUAUUGUUGAGGAGAAUAUAAGAACAAUAGCUCUUGCUCUUGAAGCUGUUAAUGAUUGUGUGGUUUCUAAUACUAAUGACAAUUUAGAUGAUUCAAUAAAUGAACUUAAUUCUAUAGAAAUAGUCCAAGAAACUUCUGUUUUGGAUUUAAAGAAUGAAAUUACAACUGAAUGCUUUUAUGGUGAUGAAUCUGCUAUUACUGAAAUUGGUUUAAAUAAAGAUGAAAUAGUAUCUAUGCAGAUAGAAAGCAAAUUCUCUUCUUUGAAUGCUUGUAAUGAUGAAGAAAGUAGCAAGGAUGUUUUAAACAGAGCUAAGGAAAAUACUUCCUCAGAAUCUAAAAGUGAAUCACCAAGCAAAACCUGUCAUGUUGGUGAAGAUGAUCCUGAUUGUCAAAUUGAAAUGACAAUUGAAACACCAUCUCACGUGAUUGAUACUAUAACUGUUUCCGACUCACCAGAAGAAACUAACACUGUUAGUGAUUCUGAUUCUAAAGAGAAAAAACGUUCUAGAGGCAAAGAGACUCUGAUGAGCAAACAAAUUCGUAUCAAAAAUGAAAAGCAUGCAGCUAGGCAAAAAUGUGGUAGAAAAAUGAGUGAUUAUGCCAUCAGGACAAGAAAAAACAGGAUUUAUCAGGAUUAUGUUAAACGAAGAAUAAAGAAAAAUACACUAAAAUCAGCCCAUUCAAAUGCCCACCGAGAAAAAAAGAGUAAGCAGAUAACUCGCAAAUCUGAGGAAUUUGAUGAUGUCACUUUUGACUAUGCUUAUUUUUCAGAACUCUCAGAUGAAGAUAAAUGUCAGUAUUUAGCAAUGAAAUAUGUAAUAGUUCAGGAUGAUACAGAAGGUGCUUUUAAGAAAGAUAGUUAUAAAGUAUAUUUUGUUCAAUGCUGUGACACAUAUGUGUAUCGUAGAGACUGCCUAUGCCGAGCAAAACUGAUUCAUAAGAAAAUUUCUGAGAUCAAGACUUCAAAUUUCAAUGCUUGGCACAGAGUUUGGCUAGACAGAUAUGUUACUCCAGCCAUGUUAAAGUUUUGCAGUGAUUGGCUUCUGAGAAAUGAUCCUGAGAAAUAUAAGCUAGUGUGUUUGACAAUAAGUGAUUGUACGAAACCUCCAUAUAUUCCUUAUAGUAAAUAUAAAGUCAGAUAUUAUAAAACAGAGCAGUAAUUGAAUAUGCUUGGUGCUUUUUUCUAUCAAAAUGGCUUCCGUAUCAUCAUACAGACAUUAUUUUUUUCUGUUAUCUACAUGUAUUUUGAAUUUUUCUGAUACUGUCUAAUUGUCUGAUAAUCUAACUAUCAAUAAAAUGCUCAUUCUAUUGUAAUCUAUUUAAAUGUUAAUUUUAUUUUCUUAACAUUAUAUUAAAUGUUGUUUUCUGAAAUUACAUGAGUUACAGCGCAAAUCUUACAGUGAAAUGAUGUUUGGAAAAAUUAUAUUUCUUCAGACUGAUAAUAAUUUGCAUUGUAAGUUGAAAUAACUAUUAUUUAUAUUUGCUAUAAAAAGUUGUGUCUACAAGUAGUGAAAAUGUGAAUAUCAAAAACUUGCUAUAUUAAUUUUAAAUAUUAAAAUAGUGUUCACAGUACAUUCUUCAUAAUUAUUAAAAAGUGUACUAGAAAAAAUAUUUACCUUAAAUUUGGUUCAAAAACAGAAAGUCUGUUGAUUUUUGAAAAUUUAUUCUGAGCCAGUUACUAUGUACGUUUUAAACACAAAAAAUUGCAUUUAGGAGUUUAAUGCAAGGGGAAAGCAAACACUUAAUAUAUUUUUUCAAUCAAAAUUAAUUUUGAAGAAACUGUAGUUUUGAAUGUGUAUGAAUGGUAUAUUUGUAAUUCUGGUAUCAGCCUUUGCUGUGUGAGACUACUAUGCAUUUGUUAUGGUAUUAUCAUUUAAAUAUUAUAAUUAAAGAGAAAGAUUGUAAAUAUAUUACAGGACCUGUAGUAGAGUAUUUGUUUUUCUUAAAUAAAUAUUUAAAAAUGCCAA